AUGUCCAACAACCACCAAGUUGUCAAGCCAGAUGAGAUUGAUACCUUCUUGAAGCUAGUCCAUCUGUUCCGUACCGCAAGAAAUAGUAUCAAAUUCUUUCGAACUGGUAAGGAGCUUUUGACCUUGUUUCCCAACUGUAAAAAGUGGUUGCAGUGGUGGCUCCAACCUGGUGUCUCAAGUAUGGUGUUCAGAUGCCAGUCUUUGAUGAAGAACGACUUGAGGCAACACAAGAGCCGCACAUCCAAUGCAAUUGAGGCGUUCCAUAGUGCCUUGUACAAGUUGAUGCCAGAAAAAAGACAAAACCGUUUCGACAAGCCCAAGACUUUUGUUGCAGGUCGCCAAGCGUGA